CAUUGUUGACAAACUUUGGACCCAGCUCACAAAUCGCGCUGUUAUUACUGACUGGAUCUACACAUCAAAAUACGAGUAAAAAUGUUGCAGCGGUUUUUGCGUCGAAACUAUUCUCAAGUUGUUUACAAACAGGGUCAGGAAAAUCACAAGGACCCAAAAAUUAGGGAAUACUUUUACUUCGUUGAUCACAAUGGAAUGCUCUUCCUGGACGAUUCACGUAUGAAAAAUUUUACAUCCGCGUUUAAAGAUCCCGUGUUUCUAACAUUUUUUCUGCGAAAUCUGAAGCACAACCCAUACUCAGAUUAUAAAGACGCCUUUCCAUACGUGUCCCUUUGUGGAGUGGAGAGAAAUUAUACACGAUGCGACGAUCUUCCUAUCGUGUUUACAAAGUUGACUGGAUCUACUCUUCAUUACGGUUAUUACACGGACAAAUUGACGGUAAAUUUCUUCCCAGAAAAAUUACAAAUUGCAAGUAACGGGAGGCUAUAUCACCCAACAUUUCUUAAGCUGCCCAAAGUUGAGAAUGGACUACUGCGAUCACAACUAGUAAUGGACCUUAGUAGUAAACUUAUUUAUGAUACAAAUAAUAAGGCAAUUGGUAUACGUUGGGAUGGAAAAGAAACUUUAUUCUCGAUAAAGUAAAAUUGAUUUUGCAUUAGCGGAGCCGACGAGAUUCACGUAUUGUUGCAAAACUAUGUCGUCGUCAGAUUGUCGAAGUGUUUUGUAUAUUCGGUACGGCAUAAUGGAUCUCUUAAACAGAAGCGUCACCUGGUACCAAAUUAAGACAUUUGACUGAUUAAAUAUAGAUAAAAUAAUUUAAACGCAUCUACGAUAAUAAUUUUACCUGUUGAAUAUCUUCAUUAUUAUUAUCUGGUGCUUGUUGUUGUGGUUCUCCAAAUCUCACAUAUUUUUGGUCGUCCAACAUUUUUCUCAGUUCAUCAUCCAACAAUCUCCAAGUGAAACCUUCAGGACAGAGUAAGUACGAAGGGCUGAAGUUACCUUUGUAUCUCAUCUUUUGGCAGGAGUGGAUGUAGAAUCUGUAACAGUAAAUUAAAUUAGAUUGAGAAAUUACUGUGUAGUUUACUAGAGAGAAGCAAAAUAAUAUCGAUAUAAAUUAUUAUACCCCAUGUAGUAGUACUUGAAAUUGGGAACUUCUUUUGACAUUUGGCGAACAAAUAAAAUUUCAUACCUGCGAGAUUUAUGAAUAUG